CCAGGCUCGCGGCGUCUCGGAAGCGCAUGCUCUAGAGCGCGCGUCCGGCAUCGGAAGCGGUUGGUCCCGAGAGUUGAUGGAGGAGAUUCGAGGUGGUUAUUUCCAGUCAGAGAAGGAAGCCCGCGUCUGGCAUUCUCUCCACAUGUCUCCCUGCCAUGAUCAAGUGCUUGUCAGAUGAAGUCCAAGCCAAACUGCGUUCCGGUUUGGCCAUAAUCUCCUUGGGCCAAUGUGUCGAGGAACUUAUCCUCAACAGUAUCGAUGCGGAAGCAAAAUGUGUGGCCGUCAGGGUGAAUAUGGAAACCUUCCAAGUCCAAGUGAUAGACAAUGGACUUGGGAUGGCGGGUGAUGAGAUAGAGAAGGUGGGAAACCGGUAUUUUACUAGCAAAUGCAGCUCAAUACAGGACUUGGAGAACCCAAAGUUCCAUGGUUUCCGAGGAGAGGCCUUGGCAAGUAUCGCCGACAUGGCGAGUGCUGUGGAAAUUUCAUCCAAGAAAAGCAUGGCUAUGAAAACCUUUGUGAAGAUGUUUCAGAACGGGAAAGCCCUAAAUGCUUGUGAAGCAGAUCUGACUAGACCCAGCGUGGGGACCACAGUAACCGUGUAUAACCUGUUCUCCCAGUUCCCUGUGAGGAGGAAGAGCAUGGACCCUAGACUAGAGUUUGAGAAGGUUAGGCAGCGGGUGGAAGCCAUCUCCCUCAUGCACCCCUCUGUCUCUUUCUCUUUGAGGAAUGAUGUUUCUGGUGCCAUGGUUCUCCAGCUCCCCAAAACCAAAGACAUAUGUUCUCGGUUUUGUCAAAUUUAUGGAUUGGGCAAGUCUCAAAAGUUAAGAGAAGUACAUUUUAAAUAUAAGGAGUUUGAGUUUGGUGGCUACAUUAGCUCUGAAGCGCACUACAAUAAGAAUAUGCAGUUUUUGUUUGUGAACCGAAGACUGGUUUUAAGGACAAAGUUGCACAAACUCAUUGACUUUUUAUUAAGAAAACAAAGUACUCUAUGUAGGCCAAAGAAUGGCUCUGCCAGUAGGCAAAUGAAUUCCAGUCCUCGGCACCGCUCUGCCCCUGAACUCCAUGGGAUCUAUGUCAUCAAUGUGCAGUGCCAAUGCUGUGAAUAUGACGUGUGCAUGGAGCCCGCCAAAACUCUGAUCGAGUUUCAGAACUGGGAUACCCUGUUGGUUUGUAUUCAAGAAGGAGUCAAAAGGUUUUUAAAGCGAGAAAGCCUGUUUGUAGAGUUAUCAGGUGAAGCUAUUAAGGGCUUUAAUGAAGACAACGAUUUUGGUUUGUUUGGUGCUACUCUGCAGACACAGGCCUCCGCUCGUGAGAAGUGUGACCAGAGCAGUUUCCAGGAAGCGUGCACUAAUAUUUUGGAUUCCUAUGAAAUGUUGAAUUUACAGUCAAAAGUUGUGAAAAGAACGGCUACUAUAGAAAGUAGAAACACACAGAAUUCUGGGGAUUCAGAAGCCAUCAGAAAACAGACAGCUGACUCAGUGCACAGUUGUGAAACAGAUGGCCUGGGCCAUAGUGAAAUGAUAGAGUCAUCACACAGCGAAGACAGCGCUCACUUAGCAUCAAGGGUGUUGGGAGAAGAGGGAGAAAACGAGAAACAUCAGAAAUCUUUCUUGGAACAGAGGACUUCAGAAAGUCCACAUGGAACUAGCCCAAAAAUGGUUUCAAGCCCUGAUCGGACACAUCAUCUCUUUGAGGAGAGUGAGGCAGAUGUAGAAAUACAGAAAAUAAGCCCUGUUGUUAAUGUCAUGGCUGCCAACGUUCCCCCAAAUAGUAGGAUUCAGAGCCUACUGGAGAAACAUAAAGAUGCUACCGAAGUGGGGUACCAACCUCUGCCUUUUGAGACAACAGCAUCUAGAGUCCAGGGUACACAGAGAAAGAAGGAAAAAGGAGAAAAAGAGCCGAGUAGUCCUGGAAGAGUCAAUGUUUUUAGAUAUGGAGAGGUUAAGUUCUGCUCUGCUGGCUUUAUAACUCAUGUGGGACAGAAUGUGCACACUAAAUCAAGUGAAACAGAGCAUUCAUUUAAAAAUUAUGUCCGACCCGGUCCUGUAAGUGCCCAAGAGACAUUUGGAAACAGAGCACACCACGCACUAGAGACUCCAGACACCGAUUUAACAAGCACUUUAAGUACAGAAUCUGCUCGACUGCUCCACAAAAAAUUGUGCAGGACAAACACAGGUUAUGGGCCAGAGAACAACCCAGUAGCAGCGGAUGAGAGCUUAGCUCUUUUUCAGGAAGGUGGUACAGGACCACACACAGGUUGCUUUUUGCCUGACGCACCCUCCUUCCCAGGGUGCAGCUCUGCUUCAAAUGGUAGUAAGAAAACAGAGAAGAUGAUGCAUCCCUCCAGACGCUCAGGCCGUAGGAAGCUAAGCUUGCGUUCACAAGUAGGGUCUUUAGAGAGAUUUAAGAGGCAAUAUGGGAAGGUUAUCAGUUCUCUAGAUACAGAAGAGGAAAAUAACACCGAAGUAAGGGCCCAUGGUGAUGCUCAGGUCGAACCUGACAUUCUACUAAAUGACAAGAGCCACUUAGAUAUGCCUGAUGGUGGUAAGAUCACUACCGUGGACCACGGUGACACUUGUCAACCAGUAAGUCACGUCCUGCAGUCAGAAAAAUCUCCAUUUUCCAAAGAAGCUUGCUUAGAACAGAUGCCUCACUUGAGAGAAAGUCCUAUUACUCUGGCAGAAUUCUCUCCCUUUAACAGAAAACGUUCCAAUGUUGAGAAGUCCACCGAGUCACUUGCUUCGAAAUUAUCCAGACGGAAAGGUUCUGAAAAGGAGCUUCGAACGACGGAGAUGACAGGCCAUAUUAGUGAACUUCCAGGUUCGGAUUCCAGUCGGACAGACAGCAGCCAGAGCACUAGGUUAGACUUACCUUUUGGUGAAUUAUUUAAAAAUAAACACGAAAAAAUAAAGAGUGCCGUGCUUCUGAUACCAGAUCCCGCCAUCCAGGAUAAUUCCACCCACAGCAGUGCAGUGCAUUCUCACAGUGUAGUGGACCACACAGAGAACCCUGAAACUCCUUUGCCGUUGCCCUGCAGUGAUUCUAAAGCCACUAAAGAUUCAGAUGUUCUCGUCAGAUUUUCAGAGCAACAUACAGGGACUCCUGAGUCUCCCAGUAGAAUGAUCACGGGUCAGGUAGAAGUUACCACUGCCAGCCAAGAUGGAAUUUCUUCCCAGAAUGAUGAGUCUAAAGCAAGAUCUUGUUCCGAAAAUGAAGAAACUAAUUCAUACCCUAUGGGUUGGCUGCAGCAUUUUGAUGUUACGCUGGGAAGAAUGGUUUACAUCAACAGAACAACCGGACUAAGCACGUUUGUCGCUCCCACGGAAGAUGUUCAGACUGCUUGCACCAGAGACCUGACGACUGUGGCUGUGGAUGUCCUCCUCGAGAAUGGGGUCCAGUACAGGUGCCAUCCUUUUAGAAGCGACCUUAUUCUUCCUUUCCUUCCGAGAGCUCAGGAGGAGAGGAUUAUGAUGAGACCAAAGGCGAGAGAUGCUGUGGAUGCUGCUGUUGUCCGUGAAUCACUUCAGGCCUUGUUUUCAGACUGGAACAACCCAGUAUUUGCCCGGCACCCAGAGGUUGCUGUUGAUGUCAGCAGUGGCCAGGCUGAGAGCUUAGUGGUUAAAAUCCACAACGUGCUGUAUCCCUAUCGCUUCACCAAAGAGAUGAUCCAUUCAGUGCAGGUUCUCCAGCAAGUGGAUAACAAGUUUAUAGCCUGUCUAAUGAGCACGAAGGUGGAGGAGAGUGGCAAAGCAGUAACCAUGGAUGGUUUUGUAGGUGGACACCUGCUAGUCUUGGUGGAUCAGCACGCUGCCCACGAGCGAGUUCGUUUGGAACAGCUCAUUACUGACUCCUACGAGAAGCAGCCGCCACAAAGCUCUGGUCGGAAGAAACUCCUGUCGUCCACAAUAAUUCCCCCACUAGCGAUCACAGUAUCAGAGGAGCAGAGGAGACUCUUAAGGUCUUACCACAAAUAUUUGGAAGAUCUGGGACUGGAAUUGAUAUUUCCAGAUGCCAGUGAUCCUUUGAUCCUUGUGGGGAAAGUGCCACUCUGCUUUGUAGAGAGGGAGGCCAGUGAGCUUCGAAGAGGAAGGUCUCCUGUGACUAAGAGCAUCGUGGAGGAAUUUAUUCGAGAACAAGUGGAGCUGAUUCAGACCACAGGAGGCAUCCAGGGGACGCUGCCGCUGACUGUCCAGAAGGUGUUGGCCUCCCAGGCCUGCCAUGGGGCCAUUAAGUUUAAUGAUUGCCUGAGCCUAGAGGAGAGCUAUCGCCUUAUCGAAGCUCUGUCCUUGUGCCAGCUGCCAUUCCAGUGUGCUCAUGGGAGGCCGUCAAUGCUGCCCUUAGCUGAUCUGGACCACUUGGAGCAGGAGAAGACGGUAAAACCCAAUAUUGCUAAACUUCGCAAACUGGCCCGUGCCUGGCAUCUGUUUGGAAAAGCGGAAGGCUGUGAUACAAGGCAGAGCCUGCAGCAGUCCGCACCUCCUGAGAACCACCAUGGAAACAGAGUUAGGGAUCUGUGAGGAGUUACGGGAAAGCUGUGAGCAGAGAGCAUGCGCAGCACAGAACAACGCAGCGGUGCCGGGUCAGCCUGACGUGUGCAGGUCGGGUACAUCAGUCUCCUGGAGCAGAUGCACUCAAGCCGACGGAUCCAUGGACUCAGGAGUUUGCCUUAUAACACCUGUCUUUUGUCAGCUGAUUUAGUAAUAAAGUGGUAAUGAUUUUGUAUUUGGUACUGACUUACGUUUGAGGGUGUGGCUAUUGUUUUGAGCAGUUUCCCCAGCCUCU